AUGGUUGACCUUCCAGACGUAUCCAGUGCCAAGCACUUGUCCUCUGUAACUCGACUCCAUCUGUUAAGUCAGACCUUGUUGAAUUCAGCCGUCAGGCAGAAGCAGCACAGUUUCUCGCUGACUCUCACUCGGAGCCUCAUGGAUUUUGUAGAGUGGCUGAGACCCUCUGAGGCCUGCAGCCUCCUAACAGUCCCGAGCCUGAGCUCCUUGGACGUAGACGAGGAAGAGGGUGAGGAUAUAAUAAUCGGCAUCAGACCUAAAUCUUCUCCUAUCCCAUCGAGAAAAUCUUCGUUCACAGAUGAAGACUCGGAGGCUGAGCCUCCUCCUCUCUGUGGCUCCAGAAGAGUCUCAUUUGCAGAUGCCAAAGGCCUCAGCCUGGUGCAAGUGAAGGAGUUUGAUACGAAGGAUGUCCCAAAACGACCAGGAUUUGAUUCUGCAGCGGUUGACGUUUCAAAUACAAUGGAGUAUUUCCUCUUACCUUUAACCUUUUCCCUGCCGCUGCCAUCUGAUGAGCUGUCCACCCGAGUUCUGGAGCAGAAAAUAGAGCUGGAAACAAUUGAAUUACUUACAGGGACCACAAUACUGAAAGGAGUGGUACGAGUUCUCAACAUCUCCUACAUUAAAUCAGUUUAUGUCCGAACCACUUUUGACAACUGGUGUAACCACUUUGACCUUCUGGCGGAAUACAUUCCUGAUACCAGUGGCGGUGUGAUGGACUCCUUCUUAUUUAAACUCACUUUAGUACCUCCGUUUAGGGAUCAGGCAACCAGAGUGGACUUUUGUCUGCGCUACGAGACACCCGUGGGGACAUUUUGGGCCAACAAUAACAACAAAAACUAUGUGCUGUUCUAUUCAUGCAGAAUGAAGGAGGAGAAGGAAAAAGGCCAAAGAGAAACUGUUAACAAGAAAAGCUGCCUGAAGACUGUCAACCCAAGUGUCUCCGCUGACAAAACCAUUUCACUAAAGCCGUCUUCAUCUCUGGACAGCAUUUCAUCAGAUGAGUCUACACCUCAGCUGGAAGGGGACAGAACUGCGGCUCAGAAAGCCCCUGAAUCUCUGCUGGACGCACCAAAGGAAGAGGAACAGAAAUUAUUGAUGGAAAGCAGACAGAGCAGCAGUCAACAAAGGCAGAGGAAAGCUGCACAGAUGGCCAGAGUGAGGGACUACUUGGCUCAGAGAGACCAAGGAGUCUCUGACAGAAACAACCCAUCUUCAGGAAUAAAGCAGAUGACUUGGGUGGAAAAUCUCAAGGACAAACAUGGUUGUGUGCAGGAGAAGAGUGAACCAGAGUGUCAUCUGUUUGUUUCUGAAGCUCACAAAACAUGCAGCCAACCUGUCUAUAACCACACAUGCAGCAAGCAGCCAGAAAAACCCGACUCGGCUGAGUUGGCACGAGGAGAGUGUGCCACAGAUCUCCCAAAUGAGCGGCUGCAUUCAGCUGAUCAGGAUGCUACUACAGAAGAGGAAAAUCCCAGGGGGUUUCUCACAAAGACUCAACAUCCAGACAUGAGUGUUGCAUCCAUGAAAAACACAGCAGCAGGUCUGGCAGGGCUUGUUGGCCACAGCAACAGCAGCACCAGGCUGUAUCAUCAGGGCUUCAGUGGGGCGUUAGCUGAAAAUCCAAAUGGGAAAAGUCCUGUAAACACUCCAGUAAAUAAUCAUCCUUUCAAAAUAAAAGAAAACUGUGAUAUUGCUUCCAAAAAUACCAAAAGUAACACAAGCAACUUGAAGAGAAAUGUUUCUGAGAAUCUGGACUUGGACAAUAGAGGUCCCAUGUUGACCACUUUUAAUGACACAAACAUGCUUCAGUGUGCAGACACUGUGCAGAAGGCAGACCUGAGAGAUCCAGAUGCAUCUCAGAGCCAGCAACAUCUUUCAGCAGAUGCAUCAGAGCAUCUCGGAAUGGUAAAUUCUGUCUUAGUUAAAGAUUUCUUGAGUCCACAUGCAUUCUCUGAAAGUAUGCUCCUCCAGGAAAUAGCAACGGGACAAAAAUUAACCUUAGACUUGAGCAGAGGAAUCACAGCUGAUCCACAGGAGUGGACAUGUGAACCACUUUUAACUAGUGAAAAGAGUCCUGCAGGAAAAACAGAUACAGUUUCCAAAAUGUUUCAAAGUAAGCAGACCACCCUAAAGGGAGGAAAUGAGAGAAAAAAUGUGAGUAAAAAUGAUGAUGCUCAUAACAAUGUGGCUUUUACAAAAAUCUACACAGUUUUAAAUCCCCCACCAAACAAUAACAUAGUUUCAAAAAGUGGCACAAAUGAACUUGUUUCUCUUUGUGGACCAGAGAAGAUAAAUCUCACAUCACCUGAAAUAUGUCAGCAGGAAAAUAAUAGCAUUGAAGAAAUUAAAUAUAUUAUGAGCCCACAAAAAGGAGAUAAAAACAACUCUGUUGAGGUUAAGGCCAUUUGUGAACCUGCUGGGUUUGUGAUAAGGAACCAAAAUGGUCAUGCAGAAAAAUCUGAGGGACCAACAGAUGAAAACCAUCCAGACAAAAUGAAGUAUUGUGUAGCAGAAGCUGUUAUCUUAAAAGAGGAUGAGACUGUCCGUUCAACAGACAAUACGUGGGUGAAAAGCUAUGAUACAGUGGUUGAAGAGAAAGAAAACAGCACUGUGACAAGUGAAGAGGAAGAUGAGCUGCUAACAUCAAAAGCUGAGAACAAGAAAGCAAUGGAGAAAGAUACUUCACAGAGGAUUGAGGAGAAAAUAGUAGAGAAGGGGGCAGAUGACAAAGUGCAUGUGGACAAGGUGGACACCAUGGCAGUGAUAAAAGGCAUGGUGUGGUUGAGUGAGGAUGAGACCGCAAUGAUUUUAGUUGAUAAAGAAACCAAAUUAGAAGAUGUUGGAGUUUUCAUGGCAAAGAAAAACACUGAUGAAGACAAAACACAAACAGCGAUGCAGGCAUUGCACGACUUUCUAGAGAUGCAGCAGGUCAGCACUGAAAAGAAAUGUGUCCAAGAUGAAGAGGAGAUGGAGAAAAACAUGAACAUGUCCUUAAAUUAUGAUGGUGAAACAGAUGAGAAGCAGGAGAAUCAAAGAGAGACACAUCAGGAGAAAAUAGACUAUAGGGAUGAAAUCCUAGCUGAUGAGACAGCAGCUACAAACUCAUGUGUGGCAGGAGAUGAAGAUGGCUGGUCUGAGGAGAUGUUAGCAGUUGCAGAAAACAAGGCGGAAGAUGGUUUAUCUGCUCUGCUGAGCAGUGAGUUGGAGGUUAUGAAAGAAAGCACUAAGGAUGGGUCCUGGAUCCUGACCGAGACCCUUCUUUUCGAACAUGCUAAACAUGGCUCAACUGAACCCCUUGCUUUAGAAAAUGUUUUAACCGAUAAACUUGAAAGUGACCAGGUGAGCCACAGCAGCAGCUCAGCAGAGUCCAACUCUGAUGACGAGGUGGAGUUGUACAUGCACUGUCUGCGGGCUGCUGGUGCAUCAACACAGGCCCGUAAAGACAUGAUCAAAGAUGCAGGUUUUACUGUGAGCAAAGGAAAAUUGUUACUGCAACCCAUGCCCCUCAUCAGCGAGUCUCUAGAUGAGGGUGUCCCACUCAGUGACCAUUUGGAAAAGCCUGAAGAUAUGCAAAAGACAGAGACAGGUGGACAGGACAACACAAGCCAAGGUGUUCAAAGGUACAAAGAGACAUUUUUGUGCUGCAGUCUCUCAAAAGCACCGUUAUACUUCGCCUUAUUAGUGAUAUUUUUAGUUGUGGCUCAUCGUUAUGAUUUUCUUGCCUGCUUUGGUCUCUACUUGUUAUCAAUCAUUUGGCUCUGCUGUCAAGGAGAGAGGGAACCGGGUAAACACAGUGACAAAGCAGGCUGA